GGCAAAGAUUCGUGCCAGCUGCCUUAUUUGAGCUCACGCAAGCAACAACCUCAUCCCACAGCUCAGCCAUCAUGAACUCCCUCCGCCUCGCCCGCGCGGCUCUCCGAGCUCGCCCUGUCGCUAUGCGAGUCCCCGUCCAGCGAAGAACCUACGCCGAGGCCAUUCCCGACAAGAUCAAGCUGAGCCUGGCUCUGCCUCACGAGGCCAUCUACAAGUCCCAGGACGUCGUUCAGGUCAACAUUCCCGCUGAGUCUGGCGAGAUGGGUGUCCUGGCGAACCACGUUGCCUCGAUUGAGCAGCUUAAGCCCGGUCUGGUUGAGAUUAUCGAGGAGACCGGUGGUGCCAAGCAGUUCUUCCUGUCCGGUGGAUUCGCUACCGUCCAGCCCAACUCCGUUCUGAGCAUCAACGCCGUCGAGGGCUUCCCCCUCGAGGACUUCAGCGCCGAUGCCAUCAAGAGCCAGAUUGCCGAGGCUACCAAGGUCGCGAACGGCAGUGGCAGCGAGCAGGACAUCGCCGAGGCCAAGAUCGAGCUGGAGGUCCUCGAGACCCUGGCCGCUCAUGUGAAAUAAAUGUGUACAGCGUUUAUGGCGAUGGAGGCCCUUGUACAUCAAUUUUCUAUCCCUUCCUAGCAACAAGCCGAGACAAUUGAAACCAGUCAUGGCUGUGCUACCAUUUUUUGAGCUGUUCUGCGAUUGUUUGCGCGUGAAUCCUUCCUUUGCCAUGUUGAUUGUGCUGCUGUAUUUUGGAACGGCCGGUGCGAUACCGGACCUCUUGCCGUCAUAGUGCUUAAACCUUCCAUCGCUGCAAACCUCGAUUUUA